AUGGCGGUCGAAGUGGAACUUUUCCAUGGGUUUAAAUCUCCAAAUGAAGGACCCGUUAUUUCCCACUUGUUGUUCGCCGACGACGCAAUCAUCGUCGGUGAAUGGUCAAGGAGAAAUGUAAAUAACAUUGCUCGAUUGCUUAGAUGCUUCUACUUAGUACCCGGUCUCAAGAUUAACUAUUUUAAAUCCAGCUUGUUUGGAGUUGGAGUUCAUCAAAAUGAGGUGAUUAAUAUGGCUAAUGAAAUCAAAUGCAAAGUCGAUUCUCUUCCUUGUGCCUACUUUGGGUUACGAAUCGGUUCCAAUAUGAACCGUAUGCUAAACUGGGAGCCGGUGCUUGAAGUGUUAGAUAGAAGAUUGUCGGUUUGGAAAUCUUCCACGUUAUCCAUGGGUGGCAGGUUGACUAUUCUCAAAGCAAUUUUAGAGACCAUUCGAACAUAUUUCUUUUCUCUUUAUAGGGCCCCUCAAUGUGUGAUCGAUAAGUUGGAAGUGAAGCGUAGAAUUUUUUUUGGGGGUAAGAACGAUGGCAAUUAUAAGAUGAGUUGGGUGUGUUGGGAGAAAACUGCAAAACCAAAGGACGCGGGCGGUUUGGGUCUCAGGCCUCUCUGA